UAGGGAUAAAACGGUAUGAACUAAUUGCGAAGAGAAAGGGGCUGUUAUUUGGAGAUAGGUCAGCAGAUUUGUUUAUAAAUGACAGUCAUAACUGUACAAUAUUUAGGCGCUGAUAAUACUUAGUUGCGCCACUGCAGUCUGUCAACAUUAUGUUUCCUUCAUGUGGAUAAUAACAUUGCCGGGGCAGUUUGUCAUCGAUGUCAAGAGCGGAAUAAUCAAACUGAACCUGCUUCGCGUUUUAUGUGACCCGACAGUUUGCGUUGGAGAACUUAUGUCGAGUCAAUGAUGUCAGGAAAGCAUUACAAGGGUCAAGAUGUCAGUUGCUGCAUCAAAUAUUUCAUAUUUGGAUUUAACAUAAUAUUUUGGUUGCUGGGGGUGGCUUUCCUUGGAAUUGGAUUAUGGGCAUGGAGUGAAAAGGGAGUCCUCUCGAACAUCUCCUCUAUCACAGAUCUGGGUGGAUUUGACCCAGUGUGGUUGUUUUUGGUAGUGGGAGGGGUGAUGUUCAUUCUGGGAUUUGCCGGCUGUAUCGGGGCCCUGAGAGAGAACAGCUUCCUGCUCAAAUUUUUUUCUGUGUUUCUGGGGAUCAUCUUCUUCCUGGAGCUGACUGCUGGGGUCCUGGCCUUUGUCUUUAAAGACUGGAUUAAAGAUCAGCUCAACUUUUUCAUCAACAACAACAUACGAGCGUAUAGAGAUGACAUUGAUUUGCAGAACCUCAUUGACUUCACUCAGGAAUAUUGGGAGUGCUGUGGGGCAUUUGGAGCAGACGACUGGAACCUUAACAUCUACUUUAAUUGCACAGACAGCAACCCCAGCCGAGAAAAAUGUGGUGUGCCCUUCUCCUGUUGCACUAAAGACCCAGCGGAGGAUGUUAUUAACACACAGUGUGGAUAUGACGUUCGGGCAAAAUCGGAUGCAGAGCAAAAGACUUACAUUCAUGUCAAAGGAUGUGUGCCGCAGUUUGAGAAAUGGCUUCAGGACAACCUGACAGUAGUGGCUGGAAUCUUCAUAGGAGUCGCACUACUGCAGAUAUUUGGAAUAUGCCUUGCACAAAAUUUAGUCAGCGAUAUUGAAGCAGUGAGAGCCAGCUGUUUGUUCACAUGAAGUGGCAGCUAUUCGUUCAGACAUUCACAGGUCUAUGCCAGCAUGACACAACUAGCAACUGAUGAUUUCAAGAUGCCAAGUGCACUGGGUUGUGUGUGUGCAGAUUUGACCACACUAUUACCUUGUACCUGUAUCUGUAAAUACUGCUUCUUUUCUAGAGUCUUUUAUGUGUCAAAAUGUGUAAUACAUGUGAGAAAAUGUUUGUGUCCAUGCUGUUGAAGUGAGAAAGAAUGUGAAGGGGUGUGUGUGUGUGUGUGUGUGUGUGUGUGUAUUUGAGGGUCAGUGGGGGAGUUUCUUUUUCAUUGUCAAACUAUGUCCCGCAAUGUUAUUUUUUGUUUAUCUUGAUAACAUUGGUUAAUACGUGCACUUAAGUAGCAUUAUAUUAGAUUUCUUUUCUUUUAAAGCACUGGGGUAACAAUAUAAUUUUGAAGCAAAUCUUGGUCCAAUUGAUGGAAGAGAUCAUAAUAUUAGGCAAUGCAGCUUGUGUUCUUUAAUGCUAUUAAACCAGUGGCAGACUGGCCAUUGGGAGAACAGGGACUUUUCCUGGUGGGCCGGCCACGUUAUGCAGAAUGCACCACAAAACGGCACCGCGAUAUGCGGAAGGGGCCAGCGAUAUGCAGAAAAGGACAGCAACCCCUAACAACUUUUGGGACAGUUUCUAUGUAAAUUCCCAGGCCGAAUUUUCUUCCCAGUCCGCCCCUGUAUUAAACAGUCAAAGUAUUUUAAAAUUCAUUUUUGUUAUGUUUUUAUGAAAUGGCAUCCUUGCACUAAUGAAAUCCUGGUAACACUUUACAGUGUGGUUCCAUAGUUAACAUGAACUAACAACAAACAAUACUUUUACAGCAUUAAUCUUAGUUCUUUGUUCUACAUAUACAACUUUUGAUUUUAAAAAAUGUAUUACUAUAUGUUUUCAUUUGUGAACUACCAAUUAACAAUUGUAUUUUUUAUUAACAAACAUUAACAAAGAUUAAUAAAUGCUGUGAAAAAUAUAUUGUUCGUUGUUAGUUCAUGAUACCUAAUGCAUUGACUAAUGUUUACGAAUAGAACCUUAUUGUAAAGUGUUACCGAAAUCCUUUGAAAUUUUCUUAUUACAUGUUUAUCUUUCACAAACUAUUUCUGAUCAAAGAGAAAAAUGUAACAUAACAGUAUUUUUCUGUAACGGUUGUUAGUUUUAAAUGCAGGUUUUUUGCAGGUUGCUGUAAAUAUCUGAGUGUUGUUUCUGGCACUUUUACAAUCCCAAAACAGCUGGAUGGUAUGUCACUCUGUAAUGCACUGCAUAACACUCUUGUAAUUGAACAUCACUAAAACACCUUUUAACAUGCAUCUUUGUCUCUCUCUCUUUUCUCUCAAGGUCAUACUGGUGUAAUUUUUACUAUUACAAUCAGUUUUCAAAUGUUUUAAUUACUCUACAACCAUGUUAAUGCUUACAAUGAGAGAGGAUAGACAUGUUUUUUGAAGUCUGAACCUGUUCUCUGCUGCCUGUUAUUUAAGCACCAGUUCAUGCUACUUGAUGCUCCAGCAGUAAGGACAAAAUUUCUCAAUAAAUGAUUUCUCCACAUUGUAGUGGGUAAA